GGGGGGGGGGGGGUGGGGGAAUAAGAAAGGAAAAGACAAAAUAAUCCAUCUGCAAAGCUUUGUACUCUAGUUUUCUGUUUCAUUUCUGUGCCGUGGAUCUUCAGAUUAGUCAGUUUAGAUGCUCAUUGUACAGUAGACGUGCAAGGAUAUCAUGGGUCAUGGGGAUUCAGGGGGGAGGGGUUUUUGAUUGAAUUAGGUUCUGAAAUUUGACAUUUGAUUAAUCGAGACCAUACCAAUGUUCAAAAUAGAAGCAUCAUCUCUACAUAUGGAACAAUGAGGGUGGGCCAUGUAAAAGGAUCUUCCUAGUUCCUAGGUUGGUUGCUUGAAUUUCAUUUUGCCAAAAAUUAAAGGGAAGAAUUUUCUCUGGUUGGUGGAGGGGAGAUAAUGGGCAGCGAUUUGGAGGGAGGGUGUUUUGGUCACUUUGUCAAUAGGGGCAGACUUUGGCGCUUGAUUGCUCCUGGUGACCUUUGGUGGUGGAAUGGUAAGCUUGUCUUUUACAAAAAAUGAUUGAGCACAAAAGAAUAUUAGAAGAACUGUCAUGCUACAAAAAUUAACUAUAUGAGACAAAAGUUAAUCUGGGUACACACUUGUGGAGGAUAAAUCUCUCUAUUUAGUGCAUUGUUCAUUCAUACCAUGUAGGUCUGAUUUAAAGCUGCUUUCGCCUUCAAGUUUGUUAUAGAAACCCUAAAAUAACUACACUAGCCAAACUAGAAAAAGGAACCCUCCCUCAAAAAAAUAUUAUAAAUUAACAAAAACCAUAUUUAGAACACCUACUUCCAAUAGAUAAGCAUCCAUGUAUUCGAACCCAUUUUAUUCUCAUUUUGUUUGAAGCUGGGAAAAUAGAGAAUGAAAUGCAGAAAUAAGGGAAGUUGCAAUAGGGGUGUCAAAAAAGCCCGGUUAACCCGAAUCAACCUUAGCCUGCCUUGAGCCUAAAGGCCCUGAACAGGGCUUGGGCUGAAAUCUCGGCCCAUAGGGUGGGUUAGGGUUGAGAUUUUCAGGCCCGAGGCAAGGUUGGGUUGGGCCUGGGUUGAGGUCUCAAUCGAACCCAAUCAUGUGUAUUAACUAUAUAAUCAUAUAAAUAUGCUGAUAAUUAGUAAUGGGUACUUAUAGAAAAAUGUCUUUUGUUUUUCACAAUCUACACAUAUAUGCAAACUUUGGUCUCUGCAAUGCAUCAAAAUCAAGUAACCAAGGGUUAGACUGGAUUGGGUUAAACUCAGCCCAGUCAAAGUCCAUCAGGGUUGAGUUAGGUUGGGUUAAACCCGAUAAGGUUGGGCCUGGGCUGAGAUAUCCCAGCCUGACCUAAGGCUGGGCUAGGCUUGGGUUGAGUUAAGAGGCCAAAAAUCCGGCCCAACCUGGCCUAUUGACACCCCUAAGUAGCAGAAUAUGGGGAUCUGCUCGGCAAAAUGUUUGUGAAUGCCUCAGUCAAUGGGCUUGUUAAUGUGGAUGUACAGGGGUGGACGACGUUUGGUCGGUUUCCUUGCGUGAUGCUUCCCACAAAUGCUGCUCUAUCCUCAGCUCCAGCAGGCCUCUCUCAACUCUCAACUGAACAAAAACACCGUUUGUUUUGUUUGAUAAACUUUAAUGUGUAAUUAAUUGAUAAAAAUAAAUGUCAAAACCUCGUGCACCAGGUAUGUCCUUUUAAAGUGCGGUAUAUUUAUUGCCACAAUGCUCAUAUCUUACAAAGCUUUAAGUUGCAUAUUUUCUUUUCACCAAAAAAAAAAAAAAAUUGCAUAUUUUCUACCAUAACUUCCCAUUAUUUUUGGAUUGUUCCUAAAAAACUUGAAUCAAGGUUUUUGAGCGCAGGGAGCCUCUCCCUUUUUUAAUAUUUUCCCGACCUAUUCCAAUCCUAAACAUGUCCGAUUCUGGCCGUUUCGUAUCCCGAUACCGUUUUUUUAAACCAUUAUCAGUCCCAAUCCGAAUUCCGGGUUUUAAAACCCCGCCUCUUCCUCUCGCCACUGUAUUCUUCUUCUGGAGAGAGAGAGAGAGAGACACAGAGGGUCGCGAGAAAUAAAUCCCUCCAAAACCCGACAUUGCGUUGCAGACGCUGCAGACCACAGCUCAUACACCGGACGAGACAGCCGAACGAAGGUACACAUUCUCCCUCUGUCUCUCUCACGCCGUCUCCCUCUGUUCUCCCGCUUCCGCCCCGUUAUUUCCUUCACUCCCUCAUUCCCAUGUAUCCAACUGUCACUGAAACUUCUCCGAAGCCGUCGACUGUCACAAAUCGGCGUCGCUUCUUCUUUCCCGCUCUGUUUCUCUCGCCCGCUCUCCUUUCUUCCCGACUUUGGUCUUCUCCCUCUCUCCCUCUCUCCCACCUUGAUCUUCUCCCUCCGUAUAUAUUUAUGUGAUUUACUCCUCUGCGGAGUUAGGGUUUACAAGCUGAAACCCUAGGGCAACAAACACACAUGACGACUGAAACUAACUGAAAAUAUGGUGGGCGUCUUAUUUCUAGGAUUACAAGUAUGGAAACGAGGGGACUUUAUUGUUUGUGUGAUUCAUAGAUUGUUGUUAUCUUGUCUUAUAUUAAUUCACAUUCCGGUGUCGACCACUUAAAUGGAGGAGAAAAGGGUGUCAAAGUUUCGAGGCUCUUGCAAGUGUUCUUCUUCCUGCAUCCCCAACUUCGUUGACUUAAAACCACCAUUCUGAAAGAUUUCUCAGAGAUUACUCAUCUGCAAUUACUGGUCCGGUUCAAAUCUUUGGCAACUCUUCCAUUUCCGAGCAGUCUUCAGGAAAUGGAAGAAGGCUUUUUAACUACAGAAGAAUCACUUUGUAAGAAGGGGAAAGAAAAGGCCGCAACUUUGGGAUUGAAAAGGAACCAAGGGGGAAUAAAGACAAGGAGAAAAUCUACGGCCAGGGAAGGGCAGGGAUUGAUAGAGAAUACAGUGGAUCAAGAUGUUUCGGAUGUAAUAGUUUCAAUGUUUGAUUAUUCUGUUGAGAGUCACUUUAGGGCAAUUGACAUGAUUUCUCGGCUUUGUGAAGAGGUGGUGGGUGAAGAAGCUUUGGGUAAGUGUGAGAUCAAACAGUGGACUGCUCAAGUCACUUUUUUAAGGGAAUGGAGAUAUUUUUAUUACAAGCCAAGAAUCAUUAGGUUCAAUUGUGAAACUGGAAGCCCCCAUGAGGAAAAUGUUGUUAACAGGAUCAAAUUACCUCAAUUUUCUUCUGCAACUGUCCCUAAGAUGGCCAGUAUAUCUGGAGAUUCAAGAUCUUUUCAGUCCACAUCUCCUUGUGACAAAGAUUUUGUUUUUUAUGUGGGAGGGUCGGUUUGGGCAUUGGAUUGGUGUCCAAGAGUUUGUCAGAGUUCUGACUUUAAUAUUUCUUGUGAGUACCUUGCUGUUGCUGCUCAUCCUCCUGAGUCUUCAUAUCACAAGAUAGGUGCUCCUCUGACUGGUAGAGGUCUCAUUCAGAUUUGGUGCCUCUUAAAUGUCUAUGAGAAGGAAGAGGGCUUGCCACCUCUGAAUAAGCCAAGAGGGAGAGGGAGACCUAGAAAAGAUGUUGCAGAAGAGUCAAAUCCAUUGAGGAAACCUAAAGGAAGACCUAGAAAAGAUGUUCCAAAAGAAUCAAAUCCAUUGAAGAAGCCGAGAGGGAGACCUAGAAAAGAAAAGGUCUUGGAAGAAUCAACUCCAUUGAAGAAGCCUAGAGGGAGACCUAGAAAAGAAAAGGUCUUAGAAGGAUCACCUCCAUUGAUGACGCUUAGGUCUAGACCUAGAAAGAAAAAGGCAAUAGAAGACUCAGAGGAUAUAGACAGCAGUAACCAAUUUGUUCCAGCACUGGAUGUUAUAUUUCCAGAAGAUUCAGCUCAUUUUCUUUCUAGUAGUGGGGUGCAUACCAAUAAACAGGCUAUGCUAGAAGGAUGUGAUACAGAUACUGUGUUUGGGAUGGCUUCUAAAUCAGAUGCCAAAACUCCUCAGCAGAAGAAAAGAACAAGAGAUAAAGCUAGUUUGAGGAGUGCUUCUGAUGGUGUUUGUCAAUCUUCAUCUAACUGCAAUGAGGAUAAAGAACUUUCUGUUGCGGUUUUGCAAGCAAACAAUAGCUCUAUGCAGCAUGCGUUGUCAAGUCAGAAUGUGCCAAAUGAUAGGUCCUUGGAGGUUACUACUACUUGUCUUCCAAAAGAUGUUGCUUUGCCUAGGCUUGUGUUAUGUUUGGCCCACAAUGGCAAAGUUGCAUGGGAUGUGAAAUGGCGGCCUUCUGGUGUUUGUGAUUUGGCAUCUAAACAUCGCAUGGGCUAUCUUGCCGUAUUGUUGGGAAAUGGCUCAAUGGAAGUGUGGGAGGUUCCUUCUGUGAGUACAAUCAAAGUUAUAUAUUCCUCUUGUAAUAAGGAGGGUACUGAUCCCCGUUUUUUGAGACUGGAGCCAGUCUUCAGGUGCUCAAAGUUGAAGUUUGGGGACAGACAGAGUAUUCCUCUUACAGUGGAGUGGUCUCCAUCGUCCCCACACGAUUUAAUACUAGCUGGAUGCCAUGAUGGAACAGUUGCUUUGUGGAAAUUCUCUGCAAGACAUUCAUGUGAAGAUACAAGGCCCUUGCUUUGCUUUAGUGCAGACACUGUCCCCAUAAGAGCACUCGCUUGGGCCCCCAUUGAAAGUGAUACAGAGAGUGCUAAUGUUAUAAUCACAGCUGGACAUGGAGGACUAAAAUUUUGGGACAUUCGUGAUCCGUACCAUCCUCUAUGGGACCUGAGUUAUGUACGGAGGGUUGUAUGCAGCCUGGAUUGGCUGCCAGAUCCAAAUUGUGUCGUUUUAUCGUUGGAUGAUGGUACACUAAGGAUUCUCAGUUUGUUAAGAGCUGCGUGUGACGUUUCUGUGACCGGAAAACCUUUUGUUGGGACACAACAGCAGGGGUUGCAUAGCUAUUGUUGUUCGCCAUUUUCAAUAUGGAGUGUUCAAGUGUCGCGAUUAACAGGUUUAGUUGCAUAUUGCAGUGCAGAUGGUAAUGUUCUUCAUUUUCAGCUUACUGCAAAAGCAGUGGAGAAGGAUCCUUUUCGCAACCGGGCCCCUCAUUUUUUGUGUGGAUCACUUACCGUGGAGAACUCAGUUCUUACAGUCCACACUCCAUUGCCACACUCGCCCUUCACGAUGAAGAAAUCUCCAAACGAGUAUGGCGAUGCCCCAAGAUCUAUUCGGGGGUUUAUGUCUUUGGCAAAUCAAGCAAACAGAGGUCAUGAUCAAAGAGUAGAUUAUCAAAAUCCAGCCUUGUGUUAUGAGGAUAAUUCCAAUGUAGGGAUUGAAUCUGAGAAUGCACUGGCUGACCCAAGUAUCAUAGCAACAAAGCAAAAAAAAAUCAAGAAGAAAAAACCUGACAUAAACCAAGAAUCCAUAGCUGAAGAAGAACUGGAGAAUUUGCCAAGGGGUGGGAGUGAGAAGGGUGGAAUGAGGAGUGAAAUUGAAGUCUUUCCUUCCAAGGAUGUAGCCAUGCAUAUAGUGAGAUGGAAUAUGAACAAGGGGAGCGAAAGAUGGCUUUGUUAUGGAGGAGCUUCAGGAAUUGUGCGGUGCCAAAAGAUUGAUGCUUCUUGUGUUCCAAAGAUAAAAGGCAUCAAGAAGUGAAAAGACAUCAUGUGGCCUUUCUGGGCAUAUGCCUCUAUUCCAUUAUAUCAGAUGUAUAUAAUUUUUCGUUUUUGCUUAGAAAAAAGCUGGUUAUUUAUUUUUCAUCACAAUCAUUGAUGAAAUAGAUACAAAAAAUAAUACAUAUUAUCUAUCAUGCAUCCAUUAUACAGUCCAGUAGGUGAUCAUUGUAGCUGCAUUCCUAAUAUUUAGCAGUCAAUCAAACCCAUGUAACUUAAAUCUAGUUUGAGAAAAUUUCACAUGAAAUUUCUUACCAAAAUCAAAAAAAAAAAAAAUUCUUGUGAAAUUUCCAUUUCUGUUUGUUUUAAUGUAAGAAGUAAUCUGCACACUACAACCAUUGAGGGGUUGGAAAAUGGUAGGGGCCCAAAUGGUCAAAAAAGGAGAGAAAAAUGUCUGGGUCCCAUUGUUUAUUGUGUGAGGAGGUUAUAAAGGAAUCUGUACAAGGGCAGUGUUGUAAUCUUUUUUCCUUUUUUUUUUAAUAGUAAGGUUGUUCCAUUGCGACCUAGUGGUCACGGGUUCAA